AUGAAGACGUGCCGCUGGCACGCCGCCGCCGCUCCUCCUCUACAACCUUGGAUCGGACGGAGUCCCAUGGCGGUCAGGAAGUCAACGGACCUCGAACCCAAAGGGCCUCCACCUUGCAUCGUCGCCAUCGCCUUCGAUCUGGACCUCAUCACCUGCAUCUUCCAAACUUUCAACAACUGGAGCCGCCGCCUACGGACUCCGGCACGGGAAGAAGGCGCACGGCAACUCCGCCGAGUUACGAGCACCAGGAAGGAGGCGGGGAAGUGGUCGGAUUCCGCAGAACCCCGCCACGGGAGAAGAUCACCGCCGCCACAAACCACCAACCCGACAGCGCCUCCCGAAGUGUCUCCACCGAGGUUUCCCCACCCUCCCGCCGCCGAAGCGGCCGGCAGAGGGGGGGAAACCAGCGAGCCGCCGCCGGCGAACUAG